GGCUGUCACCGCGGCGGGGGCGUGCUGAGGGAGGGGACGUGGGGCAGGACUGCGGGGCCUCCGUCCGAGGCGGGGCGUGGGGGCCGGCCGUGGUGCGGGCCGGGGGUCCGGAGCCUGUGCGCCCGGGGUCCGCGGCCGUCCUCCCGUCCCUGCCCAGCCUCCCCGGGCCGGGCCCCGCGGACCGAGAGCCGGGCGGGGGGCGCCCGGGGCCGGGGCCCACCUCCGCGCCGCCCGACGCCCACCCCGGGGGCAGGGCCGGCGCCCCCCGACCCGCCGAGGUCUGCAGCCGGCCCAGGGCGAAGCGCCGGAAAGAGCUGUUCCUGUGUCACUCUUUUCUCGGGGGCACUUUCCGGCUCUGCGGGGUAGGAAAUCCUCUUCUGGACUCGAAAUUGCAACAGAUUCUCUGAUAACGUUCUGCCCUUGAAGACCUGCAACUGCUUUCCUCUCGGCCCUCUGCUUGCCCCAGGAUGACACGCCCGCCCACCUGCUGCCUAGGUAUCUAUCUACCCAGCCUCGGAGCCCUUGGCGUGGCUGCUGUGCCAGGCGGCAGCCGUCCUCCAGGCCUUGCCGGCAGAAGGAAGCAUUUCCGCAGGGCCCCGGGCACUGUGAUUUCCGAGCCUUGAGUACCUGCCCUUUGGGGAAGAGGCAUGGCUCAUGCGAGGUUCAGGCAAACGGAGCUGGACUUGGAAGCCCGGCCUGCCGGACUUAACACUGGAUCACCUCCUGCAUUAGCUCCUGACUCCCUUCUCCAGUCCUGACCCCUGACUGUGGAUGUGGAAGCAUGGCCUGCUUCCCCCUUCCUGGCCCCUUGGGCAUCCGCCAGGGCGGGGGGCCAUGGGGAGCAGGUGAACGUGAUCUGGGGAUGGAUGGUGGUGAGGGCUGCACAACCGUGUGAAUGCGCUUAAUGUGUGCACUCAAAAAUGGCUAAAAUGGGUAUGGGAUGGCAAACAGGUUAGCAGAAAAGCCUCUGAGAGGGAGCUGGGGAUUUGGCUGCUCCGUGCCCUGCCUGGCAGCCUAGGACUCCCUUCCUGGGCCCCCUACACCAUGGACCCCCCGGGGUACAACUGCUUUGUGGACAGAGACAAGAUGGACGCUGCCGUGCAGGACCUGGGCCCCAAGGAGCUGAGCUGCACCGAGCUGCAGGAGCUGAAGCAGCUAGCUCGCCAGGGCUACUGGGCCCGCAGCUAUGCCCUGCGGGGCAAGGUGUACCAGCGCCUGAUCCGGGACAUUCCCUGCCGCACUGUCACGCCGGACGCCAGCGUGUAUAGCGACAUCGUGGGCAAGAUCGUGGGCAAGCACAGCACCAGCAGCCUGCCCUUGCCCGAGUUCGUGGACAACACGCAGGUGCCCAGCUACUGCCUGAACCCGCGCGGCGAGGGUGCUGUGCGCAAGAUCCUGCUGUGCAUUGCCAACCAGUUCCCGGACGUGUCCUUCUGCCCUGCCCUGCCAGCCGUUGUGGCCCUGCUGCUCCAUUACAGCACAGACGAAGCCCAGUGCUUCGAGAACGCCUGCCGCAUCCUGGCCUGCAAUGACCCCAGCAGGAAGCUCAUGGACCAGAGCUUCCUGGCCUUCGAGUCUUCCUGCAUGACCUUCGGGGACCUGGUGAACAAGUAUUGCCAGGCGGCCCACAAGCUGAUGGUGGCCGUGUCCGAGGAUGUCCUGCAGGUCUACGCGGACUGGCAGCGCUGGCUGUUCGGGGAGCUGCCCCUCAACUACUUCGCCCGCGUCUUCGAUGUCUUCCUGGUGGAGGGGUACAAGGUGCUGUACCGUGUGGCGCUGGCCAUCCUCAAGUUCUUCCACAAGGUGAGAGCCGGGCAGCCGCUGGAGUCGGACAGCGUGAAGCAGGACAUCCGCGCCUUCGUCAGGGACAUCGCCAAGACUGUGUCUCCGGAGAAACUGCUGGAGAAGGCGUUCGCCAUCCGCCUCUUCUCCCGGAAGGAGAUCCAGCUCCUGCAGAUGGCCAACGAGAAAGCUCUGAAGCAGAAGGGCAUCACCGUCAAGCAGAAGAGUGUUUCACUCUCUAAAAGGCAGUUUGUGCACCUGGCCGUGCAUGCAGAGAACUUCCACUCCGAGAUUGUCAGCGUGAAGGAGAUGAGAGACAUCUGGUCGUGGGUCCCCGAGCGCUUCGCCCUCUGCCAGCCCCUUCUGCUCUUCUCGUCCCUGCAGCAUGGGUACAGCCUGACCAGGUUCUAUUUCCAGUGUGAAGGACAUGAGCCCACCCUCCUGCUCAUCAAGACCACGCAUAAAGAGGUGUGUGGGGCUUACCUGUCAACAGACUGGAGUGAGAGAAACAAGUUUGGAGGCAAAGUGGCCUUCUUUGGGACCGGAGAGUGCUUCGUGUUUCGGCUGCAGCCUGAGGUCCAGCGCUAUGAGUGGGUGGUCAUCAAACACCCAGAGCUGACCAAGCCCGUGUCCUUGGAGGUCCCUGCCACCCCGUCCCCACCCUGCCGCCCUGUGUCCUCUGACCCUGCUGACCGCCUCUCGCCCUUCCUGGCUGCACGUCACUUCAACCUUCCCUCCAAGACGGAGUCCAUGUUCAUGGCCGGGGGCAACGACUGCCUCAUCAUAGGUGGAGGGGGCGGCCAGGCACUCUACAUCGAUGGGGACCUGAAUCGGGGCCGCACCGGCCACUGCGACACUUUCAACAACCAGCCCCUCUGCUCUGAGAACUUCCUCAUCGCGGCUGUGGAGGCCUGGGGCUUCCAAGACCCUGACACCCAGUGACAGGCCCGCAGAGACGGUGACUGAGCCGUCACUGUGGGGUGGGGGUGGGGCAGGGGCCAGGCCCCCCCUUCAGGGGGAGGCAGUAAGUGAGGACCCCUGUGCCGUGGGCAGCGUCAAGGUGCAGCAGGGGCUCUGGAUCUGGGCGGGCCAGGGGAUGCCGGGACCUCAGAUGGCUGGGCCUGUCCCUGCUCAGACCUGCUCACACCUGCUGCCUCGAGCUUGGGCUCAGGCCCCAGUUGUCCUCUGUGGAGGCAUCUGGUGCUGGGGCCUAGAGGGGCCACGUCUUGCAGGCCUGAGUCUCAGACCCUUGGUGCAGGGGUGGGGACAAGAAAGGCAGAAGGAACCUUCCACGAAGUGUGGGGCCAUGGUGCCCCCUGCUGGUGCCUCACCGCCGCUCCCUAGCAGAGGCGUCUCCCCAGAAGAGACAGGCAUCCUGGGGCCUGCUCCUUGGCCUUGUCCCCCCUCCCCCCCCCCACAGCAGGAGUACCUGCCGGGGGCUUCUAACCCCAUGCCCUCCUCCCCGCGCUGGCCUCCAGUGGCUGCCUCUCCUACAGAAACCGCAGGGAGAAAGGGGAGGGCGGGAUGUGUGCUGAGCUCUGGGCCCCUCCUGAGAGAGGGCCGCGCACCAGUAUAAUGGGGGGCUGGAGGGGACAUCACGGCUUCCUGUGUUUCAGAGCCUGAGGUUUCUGCUGGGCCCCACUGUGGGUCCAUGCCCGAAGAGUCCGCCCAGGUUGGCCCAGGAUGGCCCAGGGGAGGGGUCCCUCUGCAGCUGACCCCAAACCAGCCAGCUCCAUGUCCAGGAGAAGCCCGGACCCGUGGGGGCUUCUUCAGCCCUCCUCUCUGUGCUGGGCCACCUCCACUCCCCGACAGUCUCUGCAGUGGCCCCAGGCUCCUGUCCAGACUGCUCAGCGUGGCAUGCUCAUCUUUGUCCAUCCCCACGCGCCCCAGGUUGCUAGGGUUGCCCCCUGCCCAGAUCCCUGCCACGUGCUCCUUCAUACACCCCUCUGCAUCCCUCACACAGCCCUGUAGUUGGCCACAUAACAUGGUUUUCUUGUGCCGCCUCUGCCCCUUUCCCUGCCUGGCCUGGCCCCACACAAACCCUGCAGACCGUAGGUGCCACAUGAAGACUUGUCAGGGAGUGGCCUCCCACCUCGUGACCUCCCUCAGCUGGUCCUGAGGGCCUGGGCACCUGGGGGAGGAGGGGAAGCCGACAGACACCCAAGCAGCCACGUGGGGCUGUGGCAGCCUGGGCCACAGGUGCCAGGGGUCCCGCCCCCCAGCCUGGUCCCCACAUGGCUGCAGCCAGCCCCUCAGCGUCCCCAUGUGCCAUGCCUCUGCUGUCUCUGUCUCGCUUCUCCUGUGAGGCAUUGGCUGUCCUCUGCCACCUACUCCAGUGUCCUCUGAGCCGGGCCACCAUGGUGCAGGAGGAAGGACCAGAAGCCCCAUGUUGUGGCAUUGGGCAAGCCACGGAUCUGUUUCUCCAACUGUAAAAUGGGGCCGGUCAUCGUGCUCUGCUGUCCCCACGGGACUGUUGAGCGGCUCUGAGGGGGACAGCAUGAGUCUCUAGUGAGAGGAGAGGCACGGGGAGGCAGUGUAACUGCUCACCUCCCCCCACUGCCACCCUUGCCCCCCCCUCCUCUGAGCCCCCACAGCCCUCUGUUGUAGUGCCCACUUUGGUGUUCAUUAAACACGGUCUCGUUACAUGAACUCCGAGGGUCCAAGUUUGGUCUCUUCAACCAGAGGGGCCUCCAGGGGCCCCCCUGGGCGCACCACCAAACGAGGCGGGUGCGCCUCUGAACGGGGUGGGCACCGGAAGCUGCACCCUCAUGAUGCCGGUCAGUCCAUCAUCAGUGGAAUGUUGCCUGCCUUGGAAAACGGUAUUCCAGCACUGUUUAUGCAGCUCCCUCUUGAGGGAGGCUGGGGGAUUCUUUGGUGAGUCUGGAGGAGUCUCUGUGGCUGCUCCUAAGGCCCUGCCUGGCCUUCCCAGAGGUCCAGCCCAGGAGGGCAGGUGCUGCUUAGCCACCACGUCUGUCUCUAGUGUGAGGUCUCUGUGUGCGCACAUGCAGCCCUCCGUUCCCUCGGCCGGCACGUCUGCUUCCCAGCUGUCCUGCUGAACAAAACGUAUGUGUGAUCAUCCCCUUCAUUUUUAAUUCCUAUUUAUUGUCCUUGUUACGUAUCAGGUGUUCCCAAAUAGAACACGUUUUGUUAAUACUCUCUAUCGUUUCUUAUUACCUAAAAUUUCCUAAGAUGUUAAAAAUAGCUAACAUUUUAUGGAAUUGCAUGACCAAUUAUCAUUCAGUUUUCUAGAAACAUUUAAAAGUUUAUUUUGAGGGGCACCUGGCUGACUCAUUCGGAAGAGCCUGGGACUCUUGGUCUUGGAGUAGUGAGUUCAAGCCUCAUGUUGGGUGUGGAGUUUACUUAAAAAAAAAAAAAAAGUUUAUUUUAAAAAUAGAAUAUAAUUUAAACCAGUUCAUUAAAUAAUUUGUUAAAGUGGACUUUAUGUCUUUAGGGCUUCAGAACAUCAGUUUUUCAAAAACAAUUUAUAAUAGUAAGUCAUUAGUAUUAUGAAUUUUUCAGUUUUAAUUACUGAAUUAAAAUUCGUAUUUCAGCUUUUCCUGCUUUUAUAAGCGGCAUGCUUAACUUUUUGAGUUUUUCAUGGCACCAUGUUUUAGAAAAUUCUGAAGAUUUCAGGCUUUCAAAUUUUUCUUGUUUCCUGAAGCCAUAAGGACUUUAUAGUCUCAAGUAUUUUAUAUUUAAUAGAUUCAAUGUUUGUAACUUUUAAUUUGGAAAUAAUUUUAGAUUUAAAAGAGAUGCAAAGAUGAUGCAGAGUUUCCGUAUUCCCUACCCAGUCUGCUGUGUGGAUACGGGGCAUGUAUCCCAGCAGAAAUGAAUGUUGAUAUAUAGUGCUGUUAACUACAGAUUUAAUCCAAUGCCUUCGGUUUUCCCACAGUCCUUUCUCUGUUCCAGGAAUAGAUUUAAUUUGUACACAUAUUUACAUUUUUAUUAAAUCCAGAAUAUCCUCAAAAUUCAGAAGACUAACCCUGGUCAAAAAAAAAAAACAUAACUAAUUGCCACAAUUAGCACAGUGAGGUGUCAGGAGCGGAUGCAUGUCUGGACUGUGCUGGUCCUCUGUCCCGAAUGUCUCAUUUGCUUGUGGAAGUUACCAACUGAAGCAGGAGUAGAGAGGUUGCCUCACCAGCACUUCACCCUACCAUGUGGAAGUUAGGCGGAGAAGUGUGUGGAUCUUUAAAAAUAAUUUGGUAUAAACUAAAUUAUGAUCCGGAGGCGUUAAGAUGGCAGAGGAGUAGAGGGACCCUAAGUUUGUCUUGCCCCCGGAGCACAGCUAGUUAUCAAGUCAUUCUGAACACCCAGGCAAUCAGUCGGAGAUCUGAGAGAACAAAACUGCAAGUCUGCAAGGAAAGCAACCCCCUUUUGGAAGAAACCAAUAUGGCACUGUAUGUUGACUAACUAAAAUUUAAAUUAAAAAUUAGGGUCUUCAUUCUGUCAGUGUCGGGUUGUGGUCAAGAAGUGAGGUACGGUGUCACAUGACUCAUGGCUACAGACGAAACGCCUCACGUGUUUGCAGACACGCUGUCUUGACUUGACCGUAUGGAAUUUGUUAACUCUGUGCUUGGGGCCAAGGAAGCAAAAUCAGUGGCCACUCUGUGGUGCAGACACACCAACUGUUAGAGACCUUCUGCUUCAGAUUGCUGAAUCUGCAGGUGUGUUCCCUAGCUGGCCAGCUGGUUCCAGCCGUUAGAGACACUUUGUCGAGAGGCGCCCCUGAGCAAGGGCGCCUGCAGGUUGGGUCUGCUCCAGGGGCGCUGGCAAUGACAUGGAGGUCCGGGAGUGGGCCCCUGCUCCAUUUCCUACUGAGGUAUGCUACCUGGCACAGGCCACGGUUUGCCAAAAGCUAGCGAGCUGGUGAUUAAGGAGGAGAAAGGGUUGUGUGAAUCACUUUACCUUUCCAUUCUCAUGUAGGGCGGUUAUUGGCUGAGAAAUGGAUUUUUACUCGACCGACACUUUGGAGCAUCUGAAUGAAGAAUCUGAAUGAAUGAAGUGAGACCAAGUGAAAAUAGACUGGGGUGUGGCUUGGCAGACAAAUCUAAGCUGGGAAACGUGAAAAUAAAUGAUUUAGUGACCUGGUUGGUCAGUGUUCCUUUGAGUCCUAAAUAAAAUGAAUGCCAACGAAUGG